AUGGCUUCUAACGAAGGCCGUGCUCAAUCAAACUUGCAUCAGCAAGACUUGUCCAAAUUGGAUGUCACAAAACUCUCAGCGUUAUCACCUGAAGUUAUAUCAAGGCAGGCAACCAUUAACAUUGGUACAAUUGGGCAUGUAGCACACGGAAAGUCUACUGUGGUUAAGGCUAUAUCAGGAGUACAGACUGUCAGAUUUAAGAAUGAACUUGAAAGAAACAUUACUAUUAAGCUGGAGCGCGUAUCAGACACACUCAUUAAAAUGUUUCGUGAAAGACGUGAUGAAAUUGAAGAAAACAAUUUUCAAGAAAAAAUAGGAAGAGCUAAUAAAACUAAUUUGCCAUCGGACAAUGAACUAACCCCAGAUAAGCCACCUGCUAAGAAACGUAAGAAGGAGAAACAAGAUCCCCAAGAGUUUAUUAUUGAAAAAAUUUUAGAUUUCAAAUUUAAGGAUGGUAAAGAAUAUUUCUUUAUAAAAUGGAAAGGAUGGCCUGAUGAUGAUAACAGCUGGGAACCAUUAGAGCAUCUAGAUAACUGCCGUGAUAUUCUUAGAGCAUUUUUAUUAGAUGAGGAGCAAAAGCACUGCAGGGAACUCGAUAAACUAAAAGAGUCUAUAUCCUUUGAUCAGUUGUUAGCUGAAGACAAGUUCGCUAAAAGGUUAGAUGAAUUUGGAAAGGCUACUUUAAAGACAUUAAAAGAAAAGCUUCUAAUAAAAUUAUUAAGCAUGAGGACAUUAAGAGUAGAGGAAGAAAAAUAUGUUGUUGACUUAGUUCAAGAUGCACGGGACACCUUACAACUAUAUGUGAUGACAAGAAAACGAUGUCGUCAACUCAUGGACUUGCAGCAAUGGGAGGAGUACCUGAAUCAAGUCGACAAAGUUAAGAAAUUGUCAGUAGUGAAUGAGUUUGAUUUAACUGGACCACCAGACAAUUUUCUUUACAUCAAUGAGUGUAUUCCAGGUGCUGGAGUAACUAUUCCUUAUGAUCCCCCAAUUGGCUGUGAUUGUACAACUUGUAACUGCCGGUCGAAAUCAUGCUGUGGUAUGCAGGCUGGCUUAUUUGCUUAUACUACUAAAAAAAGGCUUAGGGUUGCACAGGGUACCCCAAUUUAUGAGUGCAAUAAGGCAUGUAAGUGUUCUUCUGAGUGCAACAAUCGGGUAGUGCAAAGAGGUAGGAGCAUGAAACUGACUAUAUUUAGAACACCAAAUGGUUGUGGUUGGGGUGUUAAAACUGAACAAAAAAUUUUUCAAGGACAAUUUGUUUGCCAAUAUGUUGGUGAAAUUAUUACAUUUGAAGAAGCAGAGAAACGAGGCAGAGAAUAUGAUGCCAAUGGCCUUACAUAUUUGUUUGAUUUAGAUUUUAAUUCUACUGAAAAUCCAUAUACAGUGGAUGCAUGCAACUUGGGGAAUGUAUCACAUUUUAUCAAUCAUUCAUGUGACCCCAAUUUAGGAGUCUGGGUUGUUUGGGCUAACUGUUUAGAUCCAAACUUACCAAUGCUAGCUUUAUUUGCUAUGAGAGACAUAGCCGCUGGGGAAGAAAUUACCUUUGACUACUUACAAAGGAGCUCUGAGAAUGAUGAAGAACGUUCCGCUAAAAAAAACCAGAGAGUGUCAGUUGACUCUAAUCAAGGCCUUCCAAGUCCAUCAGAUGGAACAACAUCCAUUUCGCCGGUUUCUCCUGUGAAGUCUGGCCUUAAUCAAAAUAGAUCUUUACGACAACUCACAGAGUGUUACGCCAACGCGAAAAUCUACAAAUGCGACAACCCAAAGUGUCCCAGACCCACCAGCUUCAUAUCCGGAGGGUCUUCGAAGGAUGACAGCUUCCCCUGUCUGCGACCAGCUUGUUCCGGCCGGUUCCAGUUGAUCAGACAUGUUAGUUUCGUGGAUUGUCCUGGGCACGACAUUCUUAUGGCCACUAUGCUUAACGGAGCGGCCGUGAUGGACGCCGCUUUGCUAUUAAUUGCUGGAAACGAGUCGUGUCCCCAACCACAAACGAGUGAACAUUUGGCUGCCAUCGAGAUCAUGAAGCUGAAGCACAUUCUCAUCCUGCAGAACAAGAUCGACUUGGUGAAGGAAGGCCAGGCCAAGGAGCAACACGAGCAAAUCGUCAAGUUCGUGCAGGGCACGGUCGCCGACGGUGCGCCUAUCAUACCAAUUUCGGCGCAGCUCAAAUAUAAUAUUGAGGUUCUAUGUGAAUACAUAACGAAGAAGAUCCCGGUGCCCAUGCGCGACUUCACGUCUCCGCCCCGCAUGAUCGUGAUCCGGUCCUUCGACGUGAACAAGCCGGGCUGCGAAGUGGACGACCUGCGCGGGGGCGUCGCGGGAGGAUCCAUUCUACAGGGUGUGCUCACUGUUGGUAUGGAGAUCGAGGUCCGACCCGGUCUAGUGAGCAAAGACGCUGAGGGCAAGCUUACGUGUCGACCAAUCUUCUCCCGUAUCGUGUCACUCUUCGCUGAACAAAACGAGCUUCAAUUCGCCGCGCCCGGAGGCCUGAUCGGUGUCGGAACUAAGAUUGAACCCACGCUCUGUCGGGCGGACAGGCUUGUCGGUCAGGUACUCGGUGCUGUGGGUGCCCUGCCUGGUAUAUUCGUGAAGCUGGAAGUGUCGUAUUAUCUGCUCAAGAGAUUGCUGGGAGUGCGCACAGAGGGGGACAAGAAGGCGGCUAAGGUGCAGAAGUUGACUAAGAACGAGGCGCUACUCGUUAACAUUGGAUCUCUAAGUACCGGUGGACGCGUGAUCGCAACUAAAGCUGAUUUGGCCAAAAUCGCCUUAACUAGUCCUGUGUGCACCGAAGUCGGUGAGAAGGUGGCCCUCAGCAGAAGAGUAGAAAACCAUUGGAGGUUAAUUGGUUGGGGACAAAUCCAAGGUGGUGAGACAAUUGAGCCCCUGAAGAAUUAA